AUGCAGGCGUCCCUCAGAGACCCCAGAGCAGUGGACAGUAAUGUGAAAACAAUACUCAUGUCGUGUCUGAAAGGGCAACAGGUCAUCAUUAAAAUGGAGGCGAUGAAAAUCAUCCACCCAGAGAAGUUUUCGGAGCUGCAGGCCUCGCAGCCGCGCUACGCGCCGGCCCCGCGCCGCGAACUGCCAGCUGAAGCCCUGGCCACCAACCCCGUCCAGUGGAGCAGUGACACCGACCGCAGCUGCUACCAGACCUUCCGCCAGUACUGCGGGGCUGCCUGCACCUGCCACAUCCGAAACCCACUGUCUUCCUGCACCAUCAUGUAA